GCCCCGACCACAGCCGCGUGCACCGGACGGAGCAACCUUUUCCCACCCGACCUCGUGCGGCCACCCAUCAGCCGGCUUUUGACGAACCACAACCGCCAUCACCAGGACUCACAUCCUGACGGCCAAGCAGCGCCUCCCCCCCUUCACAACCCUUUCUGGCCCUCCGACAAGUCGCCGCCAUCAUGCUGCCCUCGUCGGUGCGGCGCGUCGUCUCCUCGGUCCCUCACGCCGGCGGCCUCGUCUCCUCGCUCGCCGCCGCCGCUCCCAAGUGCGCCGCCACCGCGACUGUCCCCCUCCUCGCUCGCGGCCACCAGCGACGCUUCUCUUCCUCGAAGCCCUCGCGACCGGACAACGGCUCCAGCGAUGUCGCCGCCGGCCAGUCGGUCCCCACGUCGUCGGCCUCGGCGCGCGGAGAUGGCAAGACGCCGGGCGAGAAGCGGAAACGAAAGAGCAAGGACGCUUCCGACGUAGGCGCCGCCUCGUUCCGAAAGCUCCCCAGCGUUCCCAGCACCCAUCACAUGUCCCAAGAAGCACUCGGUCUUUCGAGCUUCUUUUCUCUCCACCGGCCCAUUUCUAUCACGCAGACCAUGCCGCGGUCCGUGACUGACGAGCACUUUGCCUCCAUCUUCGCGCCGCGAACAAAGUCGAACAAGGUCGCCGACACCGUGUCCACCAUAUCCAGCACCAUCGAUCAGCUUGACGGCCCCAUGGCCCAGAUGACGAUAGGCGGCCACCAGGAAGACCACGGCAUGGCCGAGGGCAUGCAAAAGGUCGAGCUCCGGAAUCCGGACGGGAGCCAGUCCAGCAUCUAUCUCCAGGUGGAUACCAUGUCGGGCGAGUUUUUGCCGUUCCGCCCGCCUCCCCUGCCGCAAGAACAGUCCGGAGCCGACGCGGACGGCCUAUCCGCCCACGCCCAGGUUGUCGAGGACGUGCCGCAUCACCGCGUCUACAAGGCCAUGUUCACUAUCGAGGAGUCCACCGAGCCCGACGGCCAGAUCCGCAUCGUGGCUCACAGCCCGCGCAUCAUCAACGACGAACAGCCCCGGAGCUUUCUCGAGCGCAUGGCGCGCCGGCAGGUCCGAUUCGACGAGGCCCAAGGUCCCCGCCGCGACAUGCACGCCAUCAGCGUCAGACGGCAACGGAAACUCAGGAUGAAGAAGAAGAAGUACAAGAAGCUGAUGAAGCGGACGCGGAACCUGCGCCGCAAGCUUGACCGGACGUAAAGUGCACAUAGGGAAUCCCUGUGCGGUUCUUGUUUUUGCGUCUUUGUCUGCAUUCGGGGGUUUCGUCUACGGACGUGUCUACUAGACGUAGCCGAUGACAGCUAGUGGGCUUUUAUUAGAGCAUAUGCGCGGUUCGGGUUCUCGCAUAUAGACUUUGGCAGGAAUAAUCAUGAUGGCAUUGGCGAUCUGCUCAGUAUGGUGCGGCUUUGAACCAUGCCUUCGUGAUCACCAGCCAUGUGCGCGGUACUCUCUCGUGCUGUAUUACUAGUUGAAUUAUUUUCCAUAGAUGCUGGAUCUGUAAACUAGGGCUAUGAAUGAGACUUGUCAUGAGGC